CUGAUGCCCUUUGACAAUCUGCAUGAUGACCCUCUUCUCACCAACCGCUCUGUGCAAAUCCCCUGCUUCCUGGCAGGGGACACCCGCUCCAGUGAGAUGCCUGAGCUCACUUCCAUGCACACCCUCUUUGUUCGAGAACACAACCGGCUGGCCACACAGCUCAAGCGCCUGAACCCCAGGUGGAAUGGGGAGAGACUCUACCAGGAAGCCCGGAAGAUUGUGGGAGCCAUGGUCCAGAUCAUCACAUACCGAGACUACCUGCCCCUUGUGCUGGGACCAGCAGCCAUGAGGAAGUACCUCCCCCAGUAUCGCGCUUACAACGACUCGGUGGACCCGCGCAUCGCCAAUGUCUUCACCAAUGCCUUCCGUUAUGGCCACACCCUCAUCCAACCCUUCAUGUUCCGCCUGAACAAUCAGUACCAGCCCAUGGAGCCCAACCCCCGUGUCCCACUCAGCAAGGUGUUUUUUGCCAGCUGGAGGGUAGUGCUGGAAGGUGGCAUUGACCCCAUCCUCCGGGGCCUCAUGGCCACCCCUGCCAAGCUGAAUCGCCAGAACCAAAUCGUGGUGGAUGAGCUCCGGGAGCGGUUGUUUGAGCAGGUCAUGAGGAUUGGGCUGGACCUGCCUGCUCUGAACAUGCAGCGCAGCAGGGACCACGGUCUCCCAGGGUACAAUGCCUGGAGGCGUUUCUGUGGGCUCCCACAGCCCAGCACAGUGGGCGAAUUGGGCUCAGUGCUAAAGAACCUGGACUUGGCACAGAAACUGAUGGCGCAAUAUGGCACACCCAACAACAUUGACAUCUGGAUGGGUGGUGUGGCUGAGCCCCUGGAACGUAAUGGCCGUGUGGGCCCACUACUUGCCUGCCUCAUUGGCACCCAGUACAGAAAGCUCCGGGAUGGAGAUCGGUUUUGGUGGGAGAAUGCAGGUGUGUUCAGCACGGAGCAGCGCCAGGCCCUGGCCAGGAUCUCUUUACCCCGCAUCAUCUGUGACAACACAGGCAUCACCACUGUGUCCAAGAACAACAUCUUCAUGUCCAACUCAUUCCCCCGGGACUUUGUCAGCUGCAGCUCUCUCCCUGCGUUGGACCUGGCAUCCUGGAGAGAGGCCUAGAGGCUGGGAACCCGAUGGAGAGGAACUUGGGCCUCUGUACCUUUUGUACUAUUUGUUUGUACCUGAUAUAAAGCACCACUGACGGG